AUGCGUGCUCAUGUGCUUGCUGGAAAAUAUGGCAACAUUUUCAGCUUGCAGCUUGGUAACCUGACAUUUGUGAUUGUAAAUGGAUUCCAGCUGGUGAAGGAAGUGCUUGUCCAUCAGGGUGAAUACUUUCUUGGUCGCCCACAAAUUCCUCUUAUCUACGAAAUCUUUGGUCCAUUUGGAUUAGUCACCUCUAAUGGACAUAGCUGGAAACAACAAAGAAGAUUUGCUUUAUCAACGCUAAGAAACUUUGGCCUGGGAAAGAGGAGCUUAGAAGAACGAAUACAGGAGGAGAGCAGAUACCUCACAGAUGCAAUUGAGGAAGAAAAAGGGCAACCUUUUGACCCUCACUUUAAAAUUAAUAAUGCUGUUUCCAACAUUAUCUGUUCCAUCACUUUUGGGGACCGGUUUGAAUAUCAUGAUAGUCACUUCCAGAAGUUACUGCGGUUGAUUGAUGAGACUUUGUACCUCCAGGGAACUAUUUGGAGCCAGCUGUAUGACUCCUUCCCGACCAUAAUGAAGUGGAUACCUGGACCCCAUCACACCAUUUUUAAAAACUGGGAAAAACUGAAGUGUUUUGUGUGCGAAAUGGUUGCAAAGCACAAAGAGGACUGGAAUCCAUCUGAACCCAGAGACUUCAUUGACUGUUAUCUGAAGGAAAUAGCAAAGGUAAGAGAGCAAAGAACAAAAAGUAGAAUGACAGGCACCGUUUUGAUUCCCAAUUUGACAUCAGUGCUGUUUGACAAGAAUGAGUGGGAAACCCCUCAUACUUUUAAUCCUAAGCAUUUCCUGGAGGAUGGUCAGUUCAAGAAAAAAGAAACUUUCCUGCCAUUCUCUGCAGGAAAGCGCGGUUGCCUUGGCGAGCCGCUGGCUAGAAUAGAGCUGUUCCUGUUCUUCACUGUCCUCCUUCAGAAAUUCACAUUCCAAGCUCCGAAGGACAUGAAGCUAAGCCUUAAAUUCAGAACGGGAAUUACUCUCAGCCCACAGCCAUACAAGAUCUGUGCGCUGUCUCGCUAGGAAAAGCCAGGAAAUGUUUGUCAUUGCCCCAUUUCUUAAAAUAAUUACGCUUUGCUGUGCUUGUAUAUAGGGCUGCAUCGGCAGUUCACUAUGGGCAUGUCUAUACUUGCCAUUUAAGCGGAAAAAGCCCCUUUUUUGCACAAAAACCAUGGGAGCGUCUAUACUUGGUUUUCUUUUUGCAGUGAAACUUCUGAGUUUCACCGCAAAAAGAAAACCACCUCCACGAGAGGUGAACAGCUCUUACCAGUGAUGCUUUUGCAGUGAUAUGCAAGUGAAGACACGUUUUUCCUGUUUACCCAGCUUUUAGCCUCCGCAAGAUAUCCCACAGUGCCUAGCUGACCACUCUAGCCAACAGCUCUGUUGCCAGGUAAACAGACAUCCACCCCUUCCCCUGUAAAGCCCUAGGAACUUUGAAACUCUCCUUCCUGUUUUCUCCGUAAGUGCUCACUUAUCUGGCCAGGUGACAAUGCCUGCUCCAGGGAGCAAACGAUCCCCUGCUUGGAGCAAUGCUGAGCUAAUGGCGCUUAUUAGUGUUUGGGGAGAGGAGGCUACACAGGAACCCAGGAUGCCCCAUGAUCACCUCCCCGCCCUUUCCCACAAGACCCAUUGUCAAACUGGAGAGAGCUGCACUGUGGGAUAGCUGCCCUAGAGUGUUGCUCUCAUCACGAUGGAAGGGCUGCAAAUGUAAAGACUCUCUGAUGCCUAAGGAAUUAAGUGAGUACACAAACCAGCACUUUACUUUCACCGGUGAAACUUUCAGCGCAAAAAAUCUGCAAGUGUAGACAUACCUUAAGUCUCCAAAUCUCCCUGCCUGCCUCCAUUCUUAUAACCCAACAGGGGACCAAUAUCAGCAAUUGGACGAUUUGGGAACCUGAUAUGGGAAGGGGCUGGGGCUGUUAUGAUACGUCCUACCAUGACGGCAGCUCUUCCUGGUGUCCCUGCCACACCAGUCUGUGUGCAUGCACACUCAGGAUGGCCGAGGAAUUCCAUUUCCCAUAUCAAUCUGGUUGAAAAAAGGUAAGUAUAUUUCAUGAAUUCUUUCAAAAGGAACAUUUUGUUUCAUUUGCAGUUUUUCAUGAAAUAUUUACUUUUUCAAUGGAAACUUUUCAAAACCGUUUUUGUUGAGAAAAUUUCACUGGUGUGAAAAAAACACAACCAGAAGAGAACUCCUGACUCUUUAAAAAAGUUAAUACUAAUACAUUUUUAAAACCUGCCCACAUUAGGAUUUGAAUUCCUAACCUAUAUAACAGUACUAGUGCUCAACCCUGCUGCCAUGAGUAUUGCUGAGAAACCUCAUGGCCUUUAGAUGGUGGGCCAGGAAGGGAACUAGGGCAGAGUAUUAACAUAUCGACUAUUCCAGUUGGAACGGCCGGGUUGCUGAUGGGGUUGGUUUAGUGCACAUGUAGUUGAACGAAGGCGAGCUGGACGUUUCAUAGGCAAAUUUACUGUGGUUCUUAAUUUUAAAUUUGGUGUUUAUUUUAUGGUGUUUAGGUGCUUUAGAAAUACUUCAGAGGGCAGAUAUUUUGUUGGCUGGCUGAGGAUCAAUGUAGUUAAAGAGCAGUUAUAGCCCUUAUUUUGCAACGUGAAUAGUAUUUUCAAAGGUAAUUUAAAAGUAUUUGUUGAACAAUGUUGGAUUUUGGGCCUAUCAUCCUUGAAAAGCGAUUCUUCAAGAAAUUUUAAGAGUAAAAGGAGUUAUUAAUUUUUUUUUUAAUUUAAAGAUAACUUUCUGCAAAAAAGUUCCAAUAACUGACAUUUUAAAGUUAAUAAAGAGCACUUGUUUGUAUUGUUAUUUUCAUAGCUAACUUGUUUACUGAGAGUUCUACUAACAAGAUAAAAGAGCGCCAAGCCCAGGCUCUGAGCACCCAGGACAAAAUGCAAUGCACACCUAACAGACCCUUGUAACUGAUUCACUGAGAGCCUUACGCUAACAGCAACAUGAGUAUAACCCCACCAUUCCGAAAAAUCCUACUAGAGUCCCAGUGCUGUCACUGUACACAACACCCCCUGAACACAAAAAGCACUUUUCCCUUCUCUAGAUCUCCUCUCUAAGAAGCUAUGUAUACAGCUGUAGAGUCCAUAUCUCCUGGCUCCCACUACUGUGCCUACAUGAAAAGACCAUUUAUCCUGCACUUGCAAUAGUAGAUGCUUAGUUCAUGUAAAUAUAAUCACCGUUAUUUGAAAAGCAA